AAAUUAAGUAAAUUUUAUCAAAAUGGAGUAUUCAUAUGAGAAAAAACAACAAAAAUGCUGAAACGUCACCGAUAUUACCAAAAUUCCACAUGGAGGAAGGACCAGAACCAUUCUUCUGAACGAAGGUGCUACACCAAAGUUGGGCCCUCUCAAGGCAUUCAGCCUUGAGAGGACAAGGCAACGCAGAUUAGUGGGUAAACUUCAUGGAGUAAAAUUACCGACUUUUGGGAAUAAAAUAAGCCAGCGGUGAACCCAUAAUGGGAAUAACCAAAAGACUAUAACUGGGAAGAUCCAAGAAAAUGAAAGUAAAUCUAGAGGAGAAAGAAAAUAUUGGAGUUGGCAAAAAGCAUUCAGGAUGCUUAACUAUUUUACUGACAUGUGACAAGAGAAAGUCAGCCAGUCAUACCGGUAUGCUAAGAGCCCUGUAUUGAGAUCAAGAGAGCAGCUGAAUUAUAUCCAAAGGUCUAAGCAUCUUACUGCUGCAAGAAAGGCAAGACUCCUUAGGAACAAAUGUAUUGGCAAAGAAGUAAGCGUUAAUGAUUCCAGACUGAAAGUGUUCAAGUUGUACACCAACUUACACUGGGAUCAAUCCAGGAUCGGCAGAUGCUUCUCUCCAGGAGUCAAGGGAGACCGGAUGGCCCCUCUUUAGAUCUGGCUUGAAGGAAUUACUCUGAUAAGGAAUUUAUAAGUAUUUUAGGAGCGUUUCAAGUUGU